AUGCGCAAGUCUACAAAAUAUUCGUGAGUCAAAAAAAACAAAAAAUAGGAAAAAUAAAACUUUUAAAGGAAAACAAACGAUAAAAAUGUACGCAGCGAUGAUGCGGAUUCUCGCUCGGAAGUCAUUAGAAAAUAUUCGAGAAGAAAUCCAGCACCACCCACCGUGAAUUCUUGUAUUUCAACAACAGUCGAAUGCAACCCGUUGAUUCCUGAUAUGAAACUCGAAAAUGGAGAUCAAAAAUGCUCGUUCACCUUAGAAGAUGGUGGAAAAAUGGUGAAAAUUACGCGAAAAAAUGGGGAUCUUAUUUACAUGUUGCGUUGUGCUGAUGGAAAACGCGUUUUUAUUGAGAAAAAUGAGGUUGGCGCUUGCUUGCUUAUGACAAAUGAAAGAGGAAAUAUCACAAAAUCACUUGCCGCACAAUAUUGA